AUGUCGCCUGAAAAGCGGGUCAAACACCGAGAUGAGCACGAGGUGAAUGGUACCAACAACAGCAUUGGCAUGAGGCCUGAGCAGCAGGCACUGGAUCAGGUCGCGGCACGACAUCCUCUCCGGCCUUUGAACAUGCUGCAGAAGCAUGUGCUGUUCUGGGACCAGGAUUGCGAUGGCAUUAUCUGGCCCUGGCAGAUCUACCAAGGAUUCCGAGAGCUGGGCUUCAACGUUGUCUACUCGCUGGGGUCGCUGCUGAUACCGCUAUUCUUCUCCUAUCCAACUCGGCUUGGCCACAGUUGGAUCCCCGAUCCGUUUUUCCGCAUCUACGUCGACACGGGUAACAAGUCUAAGCACGGCUCAGACAGUGGCAUCUACACCUUUGAUGGAGACUUCAAUGAGGAUCGCUUCAAUGAGAUGUUUGAGUACUUUGAUGAGGACAACGUGGGUGGUCUGAGCGCUGAUGAGAUGUGGAAACUCUGGCAGAAGAAUCGGUGUUCGUGGGAUCCUUGGGGGUGGUGCUUUGCAUUCAUGGAGUGGUCAACAACUUGGCUUCUGCUUCAGAGAGAGGGCAGGGUGUGGAAAGAAGACUUUCGUGCAUGCUAUGACGGAACGAUAUUCUGGAAGAUCUCCUACGAAAGGACCCAGGGUGAUGGAUGGCAGCAGGGUUACGGUUUGCGCGACUUCUUCCGCGGCAUGUGGAAGGGCAGGACUUGGAGGCUUUGGGAACUAGAGAAGUAA